AUAACCUGCUGGAGCUGUCCUGCCUUAAACAACACACCGCCAAGAGAGAGAGCAAACGAACAGGCCGAGCCCAAUCCACAACCCAGCAGCAAUUCCUCAGGGGCUGAGACGGGACAGCGACAGAGGGAGGGAGGCUGGAUUUGUGUUCCCAACCCAGGAAAGCCUCUGCUUUGAUAUUGCUGGUUUGUUGAUAGCAGCAGAGCGGUCGGAUGUUGAGAGAAUGGGAACAGAGGAAGAUUACAACUUUGUGUUUAAAGUGGUGCUGAUCGGCGAGUCCGGGGUGGGGAAGAGUAACCUGCUGUCGCGCUUCACCAAGAACGAGUUCAACCACGACAGCCGCACCACCAUCGGCGUGGAGUUCAGCACCAGGACCGUGCUGGUGGACGGGAUGACCAUCAAGGCGCAGAUCUGGGACACGGCCGGGCUGGAGCGGUACCGGGCCAUCACCUCCGCGUAUUAUCGCGGGGCGGUGGGCGCCCUGCUGGUCUACGACAUCGCCAAGCACACGACCUACGAGAAUGUGGAGCGCUGGCUCAAGGAGCUGUACGACCACGCUGACCCCCACAUUGUGGUCAUGCUGGUGGGCAACAAGAGCGACCUUGCGGAGCUGCGGGCAGUGCCAACCGAGGAGGCCCAGGACUUCUCAGAAAAGAAUAAAUUACUUUUCAUCGAGACAUCAGCCUUGGAAUCAACGAAUGUGGAGACGGCAUUUCACAACGUACUCGCGGAAAUCUACAAGAAGGUUGCCAGUAAGCAGGUGACUCGGGGCUCCAUCAGCGCCGUGACUCUGUCCAAUCAGAGCUCCUCUCCCGCCUCGGACCAGGCAGACGGGAAGAAGCCGUGCUGCAUUAACGCGUGAAGAGCAGGGAGCCGGGAGGGGUGCCAUUCCACAGGAGGAGCUGAGAUGCAAACCCCAGGCUUCACCAAGAGCCGGCAAGAGGAGGGCCUUUAAAACACACUGCUUAUUAGCAACUGUGUAGCUUGUCCACUUUGAACGAUUUUUUACACAGCAGUAUAUAUAUAUAUAUAUAUAUAUAUAUAUAUAUAUAUAUAUAUAUAUAUAUAUAUAUAUAUAUAUAUAUAUACUGGCAGUCACAGGGAUGCUGUCAUCAGCCUUGAAGCACAAUGACUGGAAUAUUUAUCACCCCUUUUUAUCUCAUAUCCUUUAUAAAAGUUCCCCAUAGGAAAAGCAUAGAAAAAGUAUAUUAAACACAGUGAAAUCAUAGCAAAGCAUAGAGAAG